GUCACCGAAAGACACGGCGGAGCCAUGAACCUCCAGCCCAGCUCGCCGACCUCCAGAUUCGCGGUUAAACUUCGGAAGCCCGUCGAGAUACGCAGACCAUGAAGAGGCAAAACGUGCGGACUCUGGCGCUCAUCGUUUGCACGUUCACCUACCUGCUGGUCGGAGCCGCCGUCUUCGACGUCCUGGAGUCCAAGGAAGAGACGACGCAGCGGAAGGAACUGGACGAUAAAAAGCGCGACCUGAUGGAAAAGUACAACCUCACGAAGGGCAACUUUGAGGAGUUGGAAAGCGUCGUGUUGCACCUGAAACCUCACAAAGCCGGGGUGCAGUGGAGAUUCGCCGGGUCUUUCUACUUUGCCAUCACUGUAAUCACGACCAUAGGGUAUGGGCACGCGGCCCCCAGCACAGACAGCGGUAAGGUGUUCUGCAUGUUCUACGCCCUGCUGGGCAUCCCGCUGACGCUGGUGAUGUUCCAGAGCCUGGGCGAGCGCAUCAACACACUGGUGCGCUACCUGCUCCACCGGCUGAAGAAGGCGCUGGGCCUGCGCCGGACCGAGGUGUCCAUGGCCAACAUGGUGGCCAUCGGGUUCUUCUCCUGCGUGGGCACGCUGUGCGUGGGCGCCGGGGCCUUCUCCGCCUACGAGACCUGGACCUUCUUCCAGGCCUUCUACUACUGCUUCAUCACGCUCACCACCAUCGGCUUCGGCGACUACGUGGCCCUGCAGAAGGACGAGGCGCUGCAGAACCACCCGCGCUACGUGGCCUUCAGCUUCAUCUACAUCCUGACGGGCCUGACGGUGAUCGGCGCCUUCCUCAACCUGGUGGUGCUGCGCUUCAUGACCAUGAACGCCGAGGACGAGAAGCGCGACGCGGAGCAGAGGGCCCUGCUGUCGCGCAACGGGCAGGCCGGGGGCGCGGGGGCCGUCCCGCCGCGCCGGGGGGGGGACCCCGGCUCCUUCGGCUCCUCGGGGGCCGGCAGCGGCGGCGGGAGGGGCCUGAGGAACGUCUACGCCGAGGUCAUGCACUUCCAGUCCAUGUGCUCCUGCCUGUGGUACAAGAGCCGGGAGAAGCUGCAGUACUCCAUCCCCAUGAUCAUCCCGCGGGACCUGUCCACCUCCGACACCUGUGUGGAGCACAGCGAGGCGUACAGCGACCCCCACUCCAACGGCUGCGUCUGCAGCCUGCAGCGCCGCUCCGCCAUCAGCUCCGUCUCCACCGGCCUGCACAGCCUCGCCGCCGUCCGGCCGCCCACCAAGAGACGCUGCUCCUUCUAGAGGCCCGGAGGACUUACUGCGCCCUUACUGUAGACUCUCCACAGCAACGGCUAGUGGCCAGGAGGACUUUUUUUUCCCCCUUUUCUUCCUCUAUGUUCUUGAGAGGACAACAACAUUAAACCAACCACAGCACUUGCUAGUGGCCAGGAGGACUUUUUUUUCCCUUUUCUUUCUUCCUCUGUGUUUGAGAGGACACUACAGUAAACUAACCACAGUGCCACCUAGCAGGCCGGAGGACUCACUGCACUCUCCCGCUUCCCUCCAUUUGGUGGGGGAAGCUCAUGGCCAGGGCGACUCUACUCCCCCUCUCUCUGCCUCGGUGGUCUUGAGAGGACGACAAUAGUAAACCAAACACAGCACCGCCUAGAGGGCCGGAGGACUCACUGUGCUCUUUUUCUCUCCUCAGGUGCUUGGAGGACUAACUACACUUAGACCAAACUGUGGCACUGUCCUAGACUAAAUAUCCGUCAAAUCUGUCGGGGGUUUGUCUUAAGAUUUAUUUUUUAAUUGUCUGCUUCUUGGGUAAUAAAUACACUCAUUGGUGAACUCAUAGGCUACAAUACUUACAUAUCAUUGUCCUAAGCAUGUAUGACAUUGUUAUGUGGCAUUAUGACAUUUGUCUAUGAGCUGUAAUAGGCUGCCGUUACUGGCUAUGACAGGUGUCAUGGCAUGCUUAUGACACUGUUAUGCAGCCUUGCAGUUAUACUAUUUCUUUUUUUACAUUCUUCCUGAUGUUAAUAGUAUAUAUAGCAUAGAGUAUCUGAUUUAUCUUUUGAUAGAGGGGGUUUUCUGAGAGGCAAAAAGAUAUCUAAUGUUUAAUAUUCUCCUGAUGGAUCUGAGAGAAAUGUAUAUAAAGUUAUAUUAGAAUCCCCAUUCUUGGGAUUGUUUCUUUUGAGUUUUACAGAUGAAGCAUGUUUCCCACCGUAAAUAACAUGAGGGACUGGAGAGGAAAACUGUACAUACAUGUCAUUUUUAUAUUUACGGCUGCUGGUGUCAGGAAGACCAUAUUUUUACACUUAAGAGAUUGAAACCAGUUAUUGUUUCUGUCACUGACGUUCAGGGUCAUUUUACCCCCCACCACCCCACCACCCCCACCCCAACACAACACACACACACACACACACACACACACGUUUGCCCCACUCAAUAAUCCCACCAUUUUGUACAAAGUUCUGUCAUUAUCAUUCUAACUCUCAAUUUUCCCAUACCAGAAUAUGUGUUUUAAUGUUUUUAUGACAGCGCAUAUGUGCUAUGGUUUUACUGAGCGCGUUCAGCUGGAGUUCAUGUACAUUCAACCCGUCUCACUGCUGCACUUUAGAAUGCUGUACUGUGUGUUUUAGGGCAUUGGUGACCGUACAAUACUGGCAUCUAACUGCCAUGGCUAAAUAUACUUUGUUUCUUUAUGAAAAAUUGGUUUGCUUUGAAAUAAACGUGUGGAGGUUUAUUCGUUUAUGAUUUUAGUCUGAUGCAGCACUCAAAGGAGAGGAGCUGGGUGAAUUUCCAUAAGAAUUCCACUUUCAUUUUCAGAAAUAUGAAUUUUGACAAGAGCCAUAACUGACAAAUCAGGAAGUGCAAAGUCCAGGUCAGGUCCAGGUCAGCCGGAAGUGCACGGGAGCCGGCCUGGGAAUCUGUGAUCCGUUUCGUUCCAUCACAAUUCUAAAAACUGAGAAAAUAAGUAUUGUACGGUUUGGUUGUGAGUUGAAUUAUUUAUUGUUGAAUUUAUGAA